UAGGCCGCGGGAGGCUCCGCCGGGCAAGGGCCGCAGCCGGGCCGCCCUCCGCGCUCUCUCUCCGCGGCCGAGCGCGCCUUCCUCCGCCCGCAGGCCGGCCGGGCCGCCAUGGCGAACGGGAGGCCCGGCGGGGACGCCGGCCUGGAGCUGGACCAGGAGAAGUACGACGCCGCCGAGAACGUCAAGAUCAUCUGCCUGGGCGACAGCGCCGUCGGCAAGUCCAAAUUGAUGGAGCGGUUUCUCCUGGACGGCUUCCAGCCUCAGCAGCUCUCUACCUUUGCCCUGACGCUCUACAAGCACGCAGCCACUGUGGAUGGCAAGACGGUCCUUGUGGAUUUCUGGGACACAGCUGGGCAGGAGCGCUUCCACAGCUUGCAUCCCUCUUACUACCACAAGGCUCACGCUUGUAUCAUGGUCUUUGAUGUUCAGAGGAAGGUCACUUACAAGAACCUGAGCAACUGGUACAAGGAGUUGCGUGAGUUUCGUCCCGAGAUCCCCUGCGUUGUGGUUGCCAACAAGAUUGAUGCUGACAUGAAGAUGACUCAGAAGAGCUUCAGCUUUGCACGCAAGCUCAACCUGCCUUUCUAUUUUGUGUCUGCUGCAGAUGGCACCAAUGUGGUGAAGCUCUUCAGUGACGCCAUCAAGCUGGCUGUGGCUUACAAACAGAAUGCAGGCGACUUCAUGGAUGAAGUCCUGGAGGAACUGGAAAAUGUGGAGCUGGAGAAGAAAGGGGGAGAUUUGUCCGACAAAGAAGAGGAUGGCCCAGAAGAAAAGCCCCCAUCGACCUGAACCCUGGAAGUGCGGGGGCUGCCUCCACUGCCUCCCGUAGCUAGUGCAAGCGGAUCCUUGAGAGGGCCCUGCACUAAGGGGCCUGGCUGCCGUCCCCUCCACUCCCGGGAAGGAGGUGGCUCGGCUGAAACCUGUUCUGCUGCUCCACGUGCUCGUGGUGUGGGUGGCUGAAAAGACCCCUGGAGAAGCCAGCCACCCACCCACCCUUCAAAGUGAUGGGCAUGUCAUUUGGCGGGGCAUGGGUUGGUGGAUGCACCCAGCCCGUCUGGGCACAACCAAUUGUAGAUAGCAUCCAGUUUAAGAAAUAAACACCAAAGGACUUGUGGCAAA